AUGACAUCUUCAUCAAGAGUCCCGAAUGAGGUAGCAAAAUGGUCUCAAAGAGAACAAGAUGAGUUCUUAAGGAUAAUGGUUGAACAAGUGAAAAUUGGAAACAAUACAACCACUACUUUCAACAAGACUGGUUGGAACAAUAUAAAAAAGCAACUAGAGUUUUUUGUUGCUCGUUCAUUUACUAUGGUACAAUUAAGGAACAAGAUGAAUAAGAUGAAGCUUGAUUAUACUGCUUUUAAGAAAUUGUUGGAGACUAUUGAUUUUGGUUGGAAUUCUGUGACCAAAACAUGUACUGUUGAGGAUGAGAGUGUGUGGGAUAGACACAUCGAGGCAAACCCUACAUGGUCUAAGUUUAGGAGGAAUGGGCUAUCCCAUUGGCCUGAAUUAGUUUUGCUCUUCGGGGAUCAUUAUGCUGGUGGGAAUCGUGGUGCUACCUCUGCAUAUGAUUUUACGGAUGAUGAUGAUCAUUUGCUUGAUGUUACUGAUGAUGUUGAAACUGUUCCUGUUACUCCCACUAAUAGAGAUUUGGAAAGAGGAGGAUACUAUGAUAGUCAAGAGGUGGAUCUUUCGAGUGUUGAUCGUCCGAGUGUUCAAAGGAGACUUGAUAGAACACCUACUGGUUAUAGGAAGAAGAGUAGGACAUCAGGUAUUGGCCGAGCCAUAAUGACCUCAGCUGACUCACUUUCAAAAAGGAGUGAAAGAUUCAACAUUCCUACUCCUACCCAUACCGCUACUACCCCUUCUUCAAUGUCUCCUCCUCCUCCAACUAUCCCAGAUUACAACAUUAAUGCAUGUAUUGCAUUAUUGAAUACCGUGGAUGAUAUCCCUAAGGAAUUAUUUCUAAAAGCGAGCAUGCGGAUCUUGGUGGAACCUAAUUGGAGAGCACUGUUCAUUGCAUACCCUGCUGAGAAGAAAAAAUGGGACUGCAUUGGUGCCAUAGAUAGUACCCAUAUCACAGCUAUAAUCCCUAAGGGCAAGCAGAUUCCAUAUCAAGGUCGAAAAGGGAUAACAACCCAAAAUGUAAUGUGUGCAUGUUCGUUUGACAUGAAAUUCACAUUCGUAUAUGCGUGUUGGGAAAGCAGUGCGAAUGACUGUCGUGUUUUUGCUAGAGCUUUGGAGGACACAACUUUGACAUUUCCUCAUCCGCCUGAAGGUAAGUAUUAUUUGGUAGAUUCAGGUUACCCGAUGUCAAUUAAAGGCUAUUUGACAACUUUCAAAGGAGAUAGAUAUCAUUUACUAGAUUAUGACGGAGGGAGAAGACGACCUACAACUACUAAGGAAUUGCUCAAUUAUCGACAUUCCUCUUUAAGGAAUGUGAUUGAGCGUAGCUUUGGAGCAUUAAAAAGCAGAUUCCCUAUGCUUCGCUUGAUGCCUCAAUUCUCUCUUAGGUACCAAACAAUGAUAGUCAUAGCUUGUUGUGGGAUUCAUAACUACAUUCGAGAGGAACAAGAUGCAGACGCAUUGUUUGAAUUCUAUGGAAAUGAUGAAUAUCAUAACCCUUCUUUGCAAUCUAUUGUUGGGGAUGUUGUUGGUCAUUCUACAACACACUCUCAUGGUAGUCAACGGGAUCGUGCAGAGAAUGAUGACCUAAGGAAACGAAUUGCGAAUCAGAUGGCAAGACUAAACGGCUACCCUACAUUAUGA